AUGGACACCUUACUAACUGCAGAGAUCGUGGCCAACUCGCCGCAAUUCCGGCGCAAGUCCUCUAUCUUUGUCGAUGCUAUUCAUGAUCUGCCGGAAAAGGCCGACCUGGCGCCGGCUCAGCUUUACAGCACGGAGUCAGGCCGCUUGUUUCACUCUGGCCGAAUUGUGAUUAUUACUGUGGGGUUGCCCGCAAGAGGAAAAACUCACAUGUCCGUAGCUUUGGCCCGGUACCUUCGAUGGCUCGGAGUCAAGACCAGGAUCUUCCAUCUUGGUGAUUACCGACGUGCCACAAUUCCCUUUGGCGAGGAUAUGCCCGAUGACUACUUUUACGUGAAUGCAACCGCAUCCUCUGUCCUACUUCGCCAAAAGAUUGUCAGAAAAUGCCGCGAAGACAUCUACCACUUUUUGAAUCAUGAAAAGGGCCAAAUUGCGAUUUAUGAUGCCGUUAACCCGUUGGCAUCGGGGCGCCGCUCUCUUGCAAAAGAAUUUGCAAAGCAUGAUAUUGAGACUCUCUUCAUCGAAUCUUGGUGCGAUGAUGAACGUAUCAUCGAGGAGAACGUUCGCAGGGUCAAGAUCUCGUCCCCGGAUUACAUCUCAUGGAGCCCGGAAGACGCCGUCAAACAUUACUUGAACCGCAUCUCCUCCCGCAUUCCUCAGUUCCAGACAAUGGAAGAAAAGGAUCUGAACUACAUCAAGAUGAUCAAUGCCGGUGAGCGACUCAUUGUCAACAAUCGAAGCUUCGGCUACCUCUCCAACCGCAUUGUUUUCUACCUCCUCAACCUUCACAUCAAAUCACGAAGAACCUACUUUGUGCGAGCUGGUGUUUCACUGGAGGCCGAUUCCUACAAAGCCGAUGCUUCCCUUUCCGAGCAAGGAGAGGAUUACGCUAAGAAGAUGACCGAUCAACUGCUGGCCCAUCGUGAAUUAGAGAAACAGGAAAUGAUUAACCGAGGCGAGACAGGCUAUGAGCUUCGACCGCUUAAGGUUUGGACCUCUACAAGGCGCCGGACCGUCGAGACUGCGAAAUAUCUCUACGACAAAGGAUACAAAGUUCGACAGCGCUCUCAGAUGAGUCAACUCAACCCUGGCGUUUGUGAGAAGAUGUCGGAGAGCCGUAUCAGAGCCGAGUGGCCCGAUGAAGUGACAAAGCACGAGCUCGAUCCCUACCACCACCGGUAUCCCCGGGCAGAGUCCUAUCACGACCUCGCUGUCCGCCUCGAACCAAUCAUUCUGGAGUUGGAGAGGGAGCAGAACGACCUUCUCAUCAUCGCCCACGAAAGCGUCCUAAGAGUCUUGUAUGGCUAUCUCAUGGCCUGUAACGCUGCUGAUAUUCCCUUUUUGGAAUUCCCUCGAAAUGAGAUUAUUGAGAUUAUCCCCGAGAGUUACCAGAAUGAAGCCUCGCGUAUUCACAUCCCCGACCUCCCAGAAGAAAUCAUUCCCGACUCGCCCGAAGACUUGAAAAUUCCAGUGCCACCAAGUGGAGGAGUAUCGCCGAUGCAAGGCCUUGGUAGUCCAUUAGAAGGCACUUCGACGCCUGUGAGUGGAUUGCGGACUCCAAGCGGAGUUCGGACUCCCCGCGAGCCCGAGAGGAUCUCGCAGCAACAUGUUGAAGAUGUUGUCUAG